CGUAUUCCGGAAGGAACCGUUAUGGUGAGCCAAGAACGACACGUUCAGCCACCAUUGUCUCAGGAACAAUCAUCUACGCUUCACUUGGUUAAGUUAGGCACCUGUCGGGGGAAUUUCUAUGACAGGCACCGCCAUUGUAAAACUGAUGUUGAUUCCAAUAAACUGCCAAUUAUAUUUGGCUCAUACAGGCACGCGCUUCGCAAUGGAAGUCUUGUUAAACCAAGUACAUUUGCAAAGACCUCAAAAUUCCCCCAAAGAUUUUUUGGUGUUGAAAGAAAGAGAGAUGAUUCCAAUAUCAG